UUCUGUGCACGCGAUCACUCCCUGAUCAACACUCCUAGACAAGACAGUUCCUGGUUCGCAGAAAACAAUCGUGUAGUGAGAAAAGUACCAUCUGUUAGGAAACAUUAUCGCCUGGAAGAGUCGGGACAUCUUAGUAUACAAAACAGCGUCAGGAUGAUCGGGCAAGCUACUCACACGCUCCUCGCGUUAUGGCAGUUAGGAUUCGUACUCGGCCAGUUGGAUCCACAGAUCGUGUCCGCCAUUACCGGUGGUAUCAUUGACGGGACCUCGCUGCACGGUACCAGCCUAAACUCUCUGAUGGACACGCUCAGUUACAGAAACGUGAUCGGAAUGGAGGUGGAUAACUACAGUAAGUGGGCCAUGACCAGUCCUAUCGCCUACCCCGACAGAGGAGUGGUCACUCUUUCUCCGCGGGAGGUACAUUCGGGUCAGCGAGAAGCCAUGCUCGCCAGGAAAACCAGUUUAACCGCCACUGGAACACAAGGGACCGUCUCGUGGCUGAUUGACAACCGCCGCGUGAUCGUCAUGUGGGAGGCGCCAUUCAACUUCGACUUCUACUCCAAUAAACUGGCUGUGGGGAUAAUACCAUAUGGAACCCAUACCAGCGCCAUGUUUGACGUCAUGAACAAGGGGUCGGGCAACUUCACCAGAGGCGUAUACGACCGGAACAUACACACCAUAGUGUACUGUGACGAGGAUUUGUGUGUGGAGGGCACCAUGGGAACAAGUCACAAGACCCAGGUCCACAUACAAGUCAUCCCUACAGCCAUCGACAACGUGGCCAGAACCCUGGAAACGUACAUUCCCGAGACUCUUGUUGGCUAGACCUAUUUUAAACAUUAUUUACUUUAUCUACAUCACUCUCCUGUCUACAAGUAGCAUUGCAACGAUUUUUUGUGACAUUGAAUAACCCUCUUAACUUAAAACCUCAUUAUAAUAUUUAAGAAACUCUAAUUUGAUCUAACCAACAGCUUUCGACAUUCAAUCAACACUCUUUUUUAUAGUAUUACUUUUCUAGUUACCCAACAGAGACUCCCAAGUUUGAUCUUCAAUCCUUCCCUACCCAUCCUCGAUACUCCAAUAGUUACGUUCGCUUUCGCUCUCUGCACCCCUGGAAUAUGUCGUGAUAAAAAUCGAAGGAUCAGUGUGCGCCAUCUUUUGGAUGAGACAAGAAGACUAGUUUGAUUCUUCGAUGUACAUCAAAAGAAUCUCUCGGUUGCGUAACGGUAACAUUGAUAGGCUUUGAAGUCGGAUGUCGCUCCUCUGUUAUCUAUCAGUCUAACGAGGGAUCAGUUCCCUACCCAUCCAAUAAAGCUCGAUAUUUGACCUUCAAUGUUUCCUACUCAUAGAAGUCCUUUAUUUGACCUUCGAUACCUCCCUAACCAACAACGUCCCAUGUUUGACGUUCGAUACCUCCCUAACCAACAACGUCCCAUGUUUGACGUUCGAUACCUCCCUAACCAACAACGUCCCAUGUUUGACGUUCGAUACCUCCCUAACCAACAACGUCCCAUAUUUGACC